UAAAUUUCAUCCAUUGACCGCUUCUCCGAUGGGAAGGACCCCGAUCGCCUCUUCGCCGGCGCCCGAGGCAGCGAUCCAAAUCCCGACCCGCCGGAGCGAGAAGCCCCGCCGAUCACGGCCGCCGCGCCCACCACCGCCGCCGCCAGAACCCUCCAAAUGGGUCGCCUGGCUGUCUCCCACCAUCAUCUUCAUCAACAUCGCCUUGUUUUUAGUGGCGAUGUAUCUCAACAAUUGCCCCUCCCACUCCCAUACAUGCAUUGGCGCCUCCUUCCUCGGCCGCUUCUCCUUCCAGGGCAUCCACGAGAACCCCUUGCUCGGCCCCUCCGCCACCACGCUAUUGGAAUUGGGCGCUAUGGAUGUUAAAAAGGUGGUGGAAGGCGGCGAGGCAUGGCGGCUGGUGACGUGUAUGUGGCUGCACGCCGGAGUAUUUCAUGUAUUGGCUAAUAUGCUGAGUUUUGUGUUUGUUGGGUUUCGGAUGGAGGAAGAGUUUGGAUUUGCCCGGCUUGGUGGGGUGUAUGUUAUAUCCGGAAUCGGUGGCAGUUUGGCCUCGUCUCUAUACGUUCGGACCACCAUUUCAGUUGGUGCCUCCGGUGCCCUCUUCGGGUUGCUCGGAGCAAUGCUCUCUGAACUCAUUAUCAAUUGGUCCAUAUACGAAAACAAGGUGCAAUCGCUGAUGAGUCUUCUGCUCAUCAUUCUCGUCAAUCUAGCCGUAGGAAUCCUCCCUCAUGUCGACAACUUUGCCCAUUUGGGCGGAUUCCUGACCGGGUUUAUGCUCGGAUUCGUGCUUAUGAUUCGGCCACAAUAUGGAUACAUCAACAAGAAAAAGAUGCCUGACUACAUAGCUUCCUCCGCGAAAUCCAAGUCCAAACCCAAGUACAAGCCGUCCCAGUGUAUCAUGCUCAUUGUGGCCCUCGUUAUAUUGAUAACAGGGUUUACUACUGGGCUGACAAUGCUGCUGAAAGGGGUAAAUGGGAAUGAUCAUUGCUCUUGGUGUCACUACUUGAGCUGUGUUCCUUCCCCGCUCUGGACUUGUCAAGCACGAUGCACGUCGAGCCAAUACGAGAAUCGAGUGCAGUUAACGUGUAUGCAGAACCGGAAAAGCCAGAUAUACACGCUGAACAAUGGCACCACGGCUGUACCAAUUCAGCAGCUCUGUGCUGAACUUUGCGGUUGAUCCAUAUAUAUAUGUUUGUAUUGUAAAUGCUUGUGAAUAUGGGAAAUCAUUUUCUCAUCAAAACCCACAUUCUCUAUCUCAGUGUAUAUUAACUGAUGC